UUCGGGUUGAUCCGACUUCUUUUGGCUGCCGUGAGUUCACUGUAUUGUAAAGGGAACAGUGAAUCCGAGGAGGAGGAGGGGGGGGUUGAUUUGCCAAAAAAAAAAAAAAAAAAAAACACCUCCCGAUAGGACUCACAUCCGGAGUCUCGACGAUCAUAAUUCAUCGCACCUUUUUUUUUUUUUUACCUUUUAAGUCACGGAGUUUUAUUGUUUUUAUUAAUUUAUUCGAUUCCCUCUUAGUUUAUGGUUCACGUUAACACUCCGGGAGGGCAGAAAUGGCGGCCAACAUGUACCGGGUCGGAGAUUAUGUAUUUUUUGAGAACUCCUCCAGUAACCCUUACCUGAUCCGCCGGAUAGAAGAACUCAACAAGACGGCCAGCGGUAAUGUGGAGGCCAAGGUGGUGUGUUUCUACAGAAGGCGAGACAUUUCCCACAGCCUCAUCCAGCUCGCAGACAAACAUGCAAAGGAGUUGGAAGAAGAGAAGGAAAGUCCGACGGAGACGGACCUAACAGACAAACAGAAACACCAGCUCCGCCACAGAGAGCUCUUUCUUUCACGGCAGUACGAGAGUCUACCUGCGACACACAUCAGGGGGAAGUGCAGUGUUGCAUUACUGAAUGAGACCGAAGCCGUUCUUUCAUACCUCGACAAAGAGGAUACGUUCUUCUACUCGCUGGUGUACGACCCGACACAGAAAACCCUCCUGGCCGACAAAGGAGAGAUCAGAGUGGGACCUCGCUUUCAGGCAGACGUACCUGAGAUGCUACAAGAAGGUGAGGCGGACGACAGGGACCAGUCCAAGCUAGAAGAGAAGCUGUGGGAUCCAGAGUGUCCACUCACCAACAAACAGAUAGACCAAUUCCUAGUGGUGGCACGAGCGGUGGGGACCUUUGCUCGAGCGUUGGACUGUAGCAGUUCAGUCAGACAGCCGAGUUUACACAUGAGUGCAGCUGCAGCCUCGCGAGAUAUCACACUGUUCCACGCGAUGGACACGCUGCAUCGUCACAACUACGACCUGUCCAGUGCGCUCAGUGUGUUGGUCCCGGCGGGCGGCCCGGUGCUCUGCAGGGACGAGAUGGAGGAGUGGAGCGCAUCAGAGGCGGCCAUGUUCGAAGAGGCGCUAGAGAAAUACGGAAAAGACUUCAAUGACAUCCGACAAGACUUUCUGCCAUGGAAGUCUCUGACAAGCAUCAUAGAGUACUACUACAUGUGGAAGACCACAGACAGAUAUGUGCAACAGAAGAGACUGAAGGCGGCAGAAGCCGAAAGCAAACUAAAGCAAGUUUACAUCCCCACGUAUAACAAGCCCAACCCCAACCAGAUCUCUAUGACCAACGGCAAGAUGGCGACGGUGAACGGAGCCGGCCCCGGGGCCUUCCAUGCAGCAGGCGGGGGCCGAGCCUGCGAGAGCUGCUACACCAUGCAGUCAGCCCAGUGGUACUCAUGGGGGCCCCCAAACAUGCAGUGUCGCCUGUGCGUCUCCUGCUGGAUGUACUGGAAGAAGUACGGCGGCCUGAAGAUGCCAAGCAGAGCGGAGGCCCCAGAGGAGAGGACCUCCCCUAGCCCGGCAAGCACUGAGCCUCGCUCUCGGGGUCACGGCCCCCGCCAGUCCAACCACAUGGUGCCGAUGAGGAACAGCGGCAGCCCCAAGUCCUCCAUGAAGACCAAGCAGGCCUUCCUGCUGCAGGCCACCCGCCUCACCAAGCUGGCCCGGCACAUGUGCCGCGACAUCAUCAGGCUGCGCCGUGCCGCACGCCGGCCCUUUGUGCCCAUUAACUGUGGGGCCAUAAAGGCAGAGUACAUGUUAAGGGUGUCGGAAGGGCAGGGGACCCGCCUACCCAAAACCAGAGCAGCCCAAAGGAGCACUCUGACCAGUGUUGUGCAGUUUCUAGAGUCACGUCCAGCAGCCCACACCCCUCGCUCACACCGCACCCCGGGCCUGCAGACGCCUCCGCCGAGACGCCUCCUCUCCUCUCUCCCACAUGGCCCUCACGGCAUGCUGGGAAAACGCAGUUACCAUCACCACAGCAGGGCUGAGCCGGACAGGCGCUCAGAGAACCCAGGUACAACAGCUGGACCCCUCCUGCAUAACGGCCGCAGCAGUAGCAGUGGAAACACCCGAGGCGGAAUGAUGAUCCGCAAGAGACGCCCUAAUUGGAUCGAUGCCCCUGAUGACAGCUUCUUCCUUGUCAACCGGGAGACCAGGAGGGCCAGACGGCUGCUGUCCCGCUCCCAGCUGAGGCACGCAUGCCGGCAGCCCUGCGAGCAAAUUACCCUGCGCAGAGUCUCCCAGGGCCAGCCGCAGGGGCUCGUCCUUGCCCCUCCGCACCCUCACCCGAGCCUGAGGAUGCGAGGCCCCAUCGUCAUCCACGACUGAACACAGGACACUCCACAACCCUACUGGCCCCUUACUGCAUACACACACACAAACAAAUUCUCACCCCCAUUUUCUCUCGUUAAAUCCUCCUUUGCGUUCGAUCCUUAAAUACUGUUACCAUGACAACGCCAUCAAACUGAUUGGAAACGGAGGGAUGUGAUGAGCCGUGAUGCAAUAGAAACAUACACCUGCACUUGACUGCAAGUGCUGACUGUCUUUCAUCCCCUGGGAAUGUGUUUGUUUGUGUACAUACUGUAUUCGAGUGCAUGUGAGCGUGUGGCAGAGAGUGUGUGUGUGUGUGUGUGAGAGAUAAUGCCGUCAACAAAGGGGUUGUGUGCUGUUUUUUCUUUUUAUGGAUGGACUUAACGACAGAACUUUGUGUAACCUUUGUGUUGAUGGUGAAUUGUUGUGAAGUUUUACGAGUUUGUAUAAAGUUGGGAAGGGCGUGGGGGCUUUUGAGGGGGGCAUGGGGCGUCAUCAGUGACUGUAUAUAAGAAGUUGACGUAGCAACCAGAUGUCACCCAUUGGUCUGUGGACUACCAUAUCACUACUAAGAUAUAAGCUAACAGUACAGCUAGCUUGGUAAGCAAGGUGAAUUGUUACACUUAUAUUAAAAAGCACAAAAAAUCGGGCUUUAAAGAAAAUGAAUUUAGCGUAAAAAAAAACAAUAACAAUAGCAUGUCUUUAGACAAACCAAAAUGCUGAACACAUUUUUUUUCAGGUUGUCAUAGAAACAACAGGUAGCCACACCAUGAACAAUUCAUUGCUUUAUCAUUUAUUUUCUUAGAUAAGCUUUAAUUAAAAAAAAAAAAAUGAACCCCAUGCAGUAUUAUUAUAGACUUGAAUAAAUAGAGUUGCUAUAACAGUGUUUACUGAG